AUGUCAAUUUGGCAAUUUUGCACAAUCCAUUUCUCACUACUCUCCCUUCCUUCUUUGGGCACUCUAGUAGAAGAUAGGGGUGGUUCCACUUUUUCAUUGAGCCUCAUCUUGAUGCUAACUGCUUCCAUGUUGGCUGUUAGUAUGGCCAACAAAGAUUGGCAUUUUGGCUUUAACUAUACCAAUUGGCCUUUCAAAGGAGGCCCUCCCCAAAGCCAAAAUGAUACACCAGGACCUAGAAAGAUUGUUGUAGGUGGCUCAAAGAAUUGGCAAUUAAACUUUAACUACACUGAUUGGGCUCUAAAAAAUGGCCCCUUUUACCUAAAUGAUACUCUAGUGUUCAAGUAUGAUCCACCAACAAACGACAUUAUAAUUCCUCACAGUGUAUACUUGCUACCAAACCUUUGGAGCUUCUCAACGUGCGAUUUGAGAAGGGCAACAAUGGUGGUUAAUAUAACUCAAGGAAGGAGUGAGGGAUUUGAAUUUGUGCUGAAAAAGUGGCAACCCUACUAUUUUGCUUGUGGUGAGCGUGAUGGCUAUCAUUGCAAUGCUGGGCAGAUGAAGUUCUUUGUCAUGCCACUGUUUCAUCAAUGGCAUUGA